AUGAGUGGGAAAUUUGUGAGAGCUUCAAAGUAUCGUCAUGUGUUUGGACAACCAGCGAAAAAGGAAUUGAGUUAUGAGAACUUAAAGAUCACUAAAAACGCGUGGGAUUCUAAUAUUAUUCAAGCCAAUGGUAAAUAUUUAUCAGUUAAUUGGGAUGCUUCAGGUGGUGGAGCCUUUGCAGUUAUUCCUGUUAAUGAAGUUGGUAAAGCUCCCGAUACUGUACCAUUAUUUAGAGGUCAUAAAGGUCCUGUAUUAGAUACAGCUUUUAAUCCAUUUAAUAAACAACAAAUUGCUAGUUGUUCAGAUGAUGGAAAGAUUUUAUUAUGGGAUAUUCCUGAAGAUUUUUCAUUUCAUAAAUAUUUAGAUGAAGAUGAUAAUAUUAAAGAUAUUACUGAACCAACUAAAAUUUUAUCUGGUCAUACUAGAAAAGUUGGUCAUAUUGAAUUUCAUCCAGCGGCUGAAAAUGUUUUAGCUUCUUCAUCUUUAGAUUAUUCAGUUAAAAUUUGGAAUCUUGAAACUGGUAAAGCAGAAAUUACUUUACAACAUAAAGAUCUUGUAACUUCAUUUGCUUUUAAUUAUAAUGGUUCAUUAUUAGCUACAACUUCAAGAGAUAAGAAAUUAAGAAUUUGGGAUAUUAGAUCAGGAAAAAUAAUUUCAGAAGGUCCAGGUCAUACUGGUGCAAAACCUUCAAGAGUUGUAUGGUUAGGUAAUACUGAUAGAAUAGCAACAACUGGAUUUGAUAGACUUUCUGAUCGUCAAAUUGGUAUUUGGGAUAUUAAUAAUAUUGAAAAGGGUCCAAUUGAUGGAUUCCUUAUUAUUGAUUCAUCAUCAGGUGUAUUAAUUCCUUAUUUUGAUCCUUCAAAUUCAAUUCUUUAUAUUGCUGGUAAAGGUGAUGGUAAUAUUCGUUAUUAUGAAUAUGAAAAUGAUAUCUUAUAUGAUUUAUCUCAAUAUAGUUCAACUGAUCCUCAAAGAGGUUUUGCUGUUGCUCCAAAAUCUUCUGUAAAUGUUAAAGAAAAUGAACUUAUUAAAUCUUAUAAGACUGUAUUAGAUAAUUUAAUUGAACCAAUUUCUUUUAUUGUUCCAAGAAGAUCAGAACUUUUCCAAGAUGAUAUUUAUCCAGAUUGUCCAUCUGGUGAACCGGCUUUAUCAGCAAGUGAAUGGUUUGGUGGAAAGGAAGUUAAUGGACCUUUAUUAAUGAGUAUGGAAGCUAUUUAUGAAGGAACUGCACCAAUAAUUAGAGAAUCUACUCCAAGUGUUAGUAUCUCUGCAGUAAAGGAAGAAGUUAAAAAGGUUGAAGAGAAGCCAAAGGUUGAGAUUAAAAAAUCUGAAACUCCAAAGCCUGUUUCUAUUGAAUCUUCUCCUGCUCCUCCAAAGAAAGUUGACGAAUUGUUGGCUUCAUCUGAACAGGUUAAUAAGUUAUUAAAUAAGGUUGUUGAUCAAUCUGAUGAUGAAGAUGAUGUUCAACAAGACGAUAAGGAUGAAUGGGAAGAAGUAAAGAAACCUGAAAUUAUUUCAACUAUUCCUUCUAGAGAAACUCCAAAGGUUGAAACUCCAAAGGUUGAAACUCCAAAGAUUGAAACUCCAAAGGUUGUAACUCCAAAGAUUGAAACUCCAAAGGUUGUAACACCUAAAGUUGAAACACCAGUUGUGAAGACUCCUGUUGACACUCCAAAGGUCGAAGAGCCAAAGACUGAAACUUUGGAACCUGCUGUUUCUACCGCCAAAGAAGCUUCUCCAGCUCCUCUGACAUCUCCUGUAAAGACAGCUGGAGCUCCAACUUUGAAAGCUACUGUUGAAAAGUUACACUCAAUUGUAGAAAACUUAGAAUCUCAUAUUCUUAAACUUACUGAAGCUGGUUUAGAGAAAGAUGAGAGAUUGAAAUCAUUAGAAGAUAAGAUUGAACAGUUGCUUAAGAAAUAA